AGAAGGAUGAAGAGAAGUCAAAAAGAAGCCUUAUGGCCAGCAGUACUGCUUUGCUCCUGACUCACACAGCUGAAACCAUGAUGUGUAACUUGUGAAUCAGAAAGAAAUAUUUCUGCCAUUUACCUCAAUGGGAAGAGCAUGACAAUGGGACAGAGGCAAGCCACAGAGAACCUGCUAUUGAGCAUGCAGUGCCUAAACAACCACAAAACGCCGUCCAGAAGAUCUGUUCAAAAGGUGAACAAAUGCAUUCAAGCUGAUAUGGACUUGGAAGAGAAGAACUCCAGUGUAGACCUGAGCUUUUCUCCAACUGGCCUUUUCAGGAAGCCACAGCAAUGUCCAGGGAACAUGUUACCUUCCCAGCACAGUGUUCCCUCAUCCUCCCAAGGACAGUCUGGCAUGCUGGCUAUAGUGCCACCCCCCUCCACCCUUACCCCCUGGGCAGAAGGUGCUUCUUCCACCCCUUCCCGUGCCUGGCACAAAUGAUCCGUUGCUCCCACCUCCCCAGCCAUGCAGUAAUCCUGAAUGCAAACAUCUUCCUUGUGGAUAUGGGGGGCAGCCCCACCCUAAGAAGAUGCCGACAGUGAGGAUGAAGACAUUUCACUGGCAGAAGCUCCCCUCUGAUGUGGUGAGACGUAUGUGCUUCUUUGUUACGCUGGGCUGAUCAGGUCAUUUAGUUGACAACCAAAUAAAAACGCUAAUGCUGUGGGCUAGGCCUUGACUCAGUAAGUCAGGUCACACAGCUGGUCCCAUUACCGAUAAAAAAAUAGUAAUCACAAAUAAUUAUGGAAAGCCAGGCCUUUGCCAAUAAAUGGAGGAAAUGGUAGUUUGGCAAAAGUGCUGAACUGAGGCUCUGUGGCUGCUAAAAUUAUCUUCUCUUAACCUUUCAGUCUCAGUUUGUUACUUGUUAAAGUGAUAUUGUGAGGCUGCACUAAUUAGUUUGCAAAACCUCUGAGUGUGUUGAGUAGAAAGGUCUGUUCAACAAUCGUGCUCUGUGGUUCUUGCUAAUGAACUCCUGGUGCAUCACUGAUGUCUUCCCAGCUGAAGCUUUUACUUCUUAAUUUUUUUUCUUGCACAGCCAGAAGAUGCAUCAGCCAGGAUCUGAGACUGAAAGUUCUUUGUCAAUAGGGCUGGGGGAUAUGUACCCUCAGGGUAGGAUGCAGCUUCCAACUUCAUUUCAUACCAGCCAUGUAAUUUGUGUGGAUUUCUUCCCCCCACUCAAUAUAAGGUUUAUGGUUAACACACAGUCUGCCAAAGAGGUUUGUAAGUUCUGCUCAACCUUCAGGGAGACAGCAAACAUGUUUCUAUUUUGCUGCAGCUUUUAAUAUUCGUUCCACACAACACAGGUCUCAUGGCUGUUCUCCAUUGUGCUUAUCACCAAGAAAGGGGGACAUCAGAGGGUAAGAACUUGCUGCUAUGAUAAAGUGCAUAAAUACACAUGUAAAAAAAAAAAAUGGUUUGAGCCACAGUCUGAUUUCUUGGGCAGAGAUACAAAGUCAGAUUCAUUCCCACUUUCUUCAGUGCCGCUGUUGCAAUCUCUGCUAAAGAAAGAGGAGGUGAGAUCCUUUGUGAAAGAUUCAAGUGAUGUAGACAAACUCAUGUUUUGAAAUGCCAUGGGUUCUGGUAUGGUUCCUGAUGAUUCUGGUAAUAAUGCUGGACUUGGGAGUCCUUAUCUCUUGCAAACAGCAACAUUUACCUAAUUGGAUGCAACAUCCCCUGCUUGGGUACCACAAUUCUGCAACGUGUAGCCGGUCAGGAAUAACAAGAAGGAUUUGGAGCAGCCCAUUAAGUUCAUCUGCUGUCUUCAGUUCAGUGAGUUGAAUGUGGUGGUAGCUUUCCAGGUUUAAUUAGCCUGCAGACCUUUGGGAUGCUAUCUGUAGGAGCUGCCACUCUUCUAUAAUUAACGUCCAGAUUAAUGAGUGUUAUAUUUCAUUCAUUCUCUGAAGUGUUUUCCCUUCCACAAAUCACACUGCCUCGGAAGUAUUCCUCUCUAUCUGUGGUCCACCUUGAAGUGUUACUCUCUCCCAGAAAGCCGCUCCAUGUGGACUAUGAUGCCAAGCAGCAGCAAGGGUGUUGUGGAGCCUGACUAUGCAAGCCUGGAGCGACUUUUCUCUGUCCCACCAACAGCACCUAAGGAGAAAACUGGGCUAAAACCAGAGAAAACAAAAGAGAUCACAUUCAUAGGUCCAAAGAAAAGCCUCCUUCUGAGCAUAUUUCUGAAGCAAUUUAAGUGCUCCAAUGAAGAGAUUGUUGCCAUGAUUCAGAAAGGGGAUAAAUCAAAGUUCAAUGCUGAUCUGCUGAAGCAGCUACUUAAACUGCUACCUGAAGACCACGAGAUAAAUAGCCUGAAAUCUUUCAAAGAAGAAAAAUCAAAACUAGCAAACACAGAUCAGUUUUAUCUCCAUCUCUUAGAAGUUCCUAGCUACCAGUUACAGAUUGAAUGCAUGCUGAUUUGUGAGGAAACAAAAAUUCUGCUGGAGUGUCUGUGGCCAAAAGCACAAGCCAUCAGGACAGCCUGUGAAACACUUCUUACCAGUCACCGACUGCCAGUUUUCUGCCAAUUGAUUCUUAAAGUUGGAAACUUUAUGAACUAUGGGCAUCAUACUGGAGAUGCUGGAGGUUUUAAAAUUAGUGCAUUGCUCAGACUAACAGAAACAAAAGCAAACCAAAGCCAUGUUAAUUUGCUUCACCAUAUUUUGGAGGAGGCUGAAAAAAACCACACAGAUCUGCUGCAGCUUCCCAGAGAUCUUGAUUUUGUUUCCACGGCAGCAGGAAUCCACUUUGACGUUAUACGGGCUGAGGCAGGUACCAAUUUCAGGAAACUGUUGGAAAUAGAGAAGCGUUUGGUUUUGUCGACAGACGAUUUAAAAAUGCAGCAUGCAGAAUCUGUUCAAGGCAGCCUCGAUGCUUCAAAGAACCUGUUGAAGGAGUUUGCCACCAUUGAAAAGAAGAAGAAAGAACUUGCUGAUUAUCUUUGUGAAGAAAAAUUGUCUUUGGAAGAUGUAUUCAGCACAAUGAAAACCUUCAGAGAGCUCUUCCUCAAGGCCUUACAGGAAAAUCAAGAAAAGAAGGAGAAAGCUGCAAAGGCUGAGAAAAGGAAGAAACAGCUUAAAGGAGAAGAUGCUAAAAGGCUAAAGGGAGAGUAUGGAAACAGCAGUACAUAAACAAAAAUUAAUUCUGGUUUUAUUAGACAGUCUUUUGUUAAUUAGGAAGAUUUUACUUGUUUAGCUGUGGCUGAUCUAACACAAUGAGAGUGAUUUGGCCAUGGAUGUUGUAGUAGUCAAGCAGAUAGUAUAGCAAGACAUCAAUUUUCAAGUGCAUGGGAAUACCUGGAAGAAAACAUGAUAGGGAUGUUAGAAAAAAUCACUCCCAAUGAGCAAGGUAUUACUAUUUUGCUUAGAGGCGGUGAUAGCCUGCUAUUGCUCUGAAUAGCUGUUGGAAGACUUUCAGGGAUGUACGAAGUUGCACAUACUUGAACUUCAAGCUGUGCUGUGUCACUGUGGUAGGCAAGUUGUGUCAUGAGUUACUGUCACCACAACAUUUGCUUUUCUCUGAUUAGAGGUCUGAUUCCUUAAAAUGGUUAUGCGUGUGCUUAAAGGAACAUCUGUGCUUUGCUAAAGAAUGGCUGAUUGACAUAAAUGCAGAAAAGCAUUUGCUGUGCUGGGCCUCCUGGGUGUCAAGCAUUGCUAGUGCUAACAUUGGCGCAUGUGUGUUUUAAAAUUUUAUUUUGGCAAAUACUUGUCAUCCAGUUUUCUUGAAGAUUUCAGCCAAUAACAUUUGGUUAUGAUUCUUGAUUCUUCAGAUCACCACUGCAAAAAUAGCAUUAGUAACUCUGAGUAGAGUUCAUGUAAAUAUUUCACUUGAUUUUCACUCCUUGGAAAACUGGUUUUCCAUGUAUCUGGUGUCUAAAUAAAGGGCCUUCUUUUAGCUGCUCUUUCACAAUUACUCACCUUUAGAGAUACAUACUAAAAAUACGUAAAAUUCAAUGAAAACUGACCAAAACAAAGUUUUCAAUAUUGUCUUGACAAGCUGUACUGCAAAUGUAUUUUACGUACUUUGCAAUCAUAACAUGCUUAAUGUAAAGCUGCAGAUUAAAAUAAUAAAACUUUUUGCUGUAAAUACAGAAAAGUUACUUAUUAUAUGGUAAAAUAAAAUUAUAAAGCAACAUUCAGCAGCUGUCAGGAUUAAAGGUGUGCUUCAACCCUGUGAAAAGAAGGAGCACCAGACCAGAAUAACCUUCUGCAUUUCCAACACACAGUUUAGAUGGAAAUACCCUUAUUUUUGGUCCUUUGCGAGAAGGUAGAUUUAAUUCUUGGGAUAUAAACUUAAACAUAACUAAGCAUUUAGACUCUGAAUUAUUUCUCAGUACUUAUUUUAGAAAACUGUAUGUAAUACUGAUGACAAUGAGAAUCAGGCAUUUUUUUAAUUCUAUUUUAAUCUCUAUCAGGAUACGGUGACAUGAAUUACAGAGGGUAUCAGAUGGCAAGAUGCUGGAAGUCAACAUUCUUCAGACGAUGUAAAACCUUGUUUUCUUUUUUCUUAUCAUAUAAUUAGCAAGUUAUUUCCUGUAUUUUCUGUACUUAUUUUCUGAAGGAGGGAAUGAAAAGACAGUAAAUCUGGUGAAACCCUAUUAGCAUGUGCUAACGGGAUUAUCAAAGCCUGGUUCCAUAAAGAAUUAGGUACACCUUUAACUUCACACGUAUCUCCCUUGGAGCCAGUGAUACACAGCACACAGGGUCUCCUCCGCACAAAUCUUUAAGGCACCAAUCCUACAGUCUUUGAAGCUCUGACCUUAACUCCAGUCACAUGCUCUGUCAGUGUCACUGUCUGGUUUACCCAGUUGUCUGAGGAUCAUUUCUCUGCAGUUGACAGAUCGGCUACGGACAGCACACAGCAGCAAAAUCUCUCAGGGCAGGUAAUAAUCUUGCUCUCCUGAGGUCAAACAGAAGAGGUGAAGGUAGACGCACCCGUCACUGAUAUAUUAACAGAUUACAAGGGAGGGCUUGCAGCUACUGAAACUGCUGAGAAAUAAGCUGAGUCAGAAGUUCUUACCAAAAUUCAAAUGUAUGGCAUGAUUAAGAACAUAUAGCAAUAUCCUACUUGAUUCCACAUAUUAAAAACCUCCUUUCUGUGAAUAAAAUUUAAGAUAGGAUUUCCAAAAUAAUUUGGUGGCAGGCUCCUGCUGAUUCCAGGGACUCAGACAUCUAUGGGUUUUUUUAACUCCUCUGAACAUGUUUACAUACAUAUUUACAGUAAGGUAUUUUUUUCCCCCCUCUGCUUCAUAAUGGAUUAAGCAACUAUUCUGCUUUAUUUUCUUCAGCCUCUGUUGCAGCAGUUUCUGUUACAGCGCAUUUAAAUUCUUCAGAAGAAUUGUAUCAGAUACCUGCAAAGAUCAAUUCUAUACGACAUUUCAUGAAAAAUCUCAUAUAAUAUAUUACAGUGCUAUUUCAAGAGAAAUAACUUAUAGGGGUUUCUUUAGCUAACCAAGUAGAAAAAUGAGCUGCUGCUAAUGGAAAUCUGGGGACACAGCUUAUGACCAAUGUACGCAACAGAACAAAAACACUUAAGAAUAAAAUAUAGAACUAUGCAGUUAAAUAUCUGGCGAGAAUUUGUGUAUAACACUCUAAUACUGUAACUGCAGCAGAAAAUGAAAUGCUAUAGAAAGAUGAAGAGCAAGUAAAUUUUGAUGAUCAGUACAGGAGUUCCACAGUAUAACCACCAUCAUUACUUAAAGAAACCAACUGCAAAAGCAGACCCUCAGUCCAAUUUCUUAUGUUGAUAUAUGCAGGGUCAAAUACGAGAGCUUUUCUUCGGCAAAAUUCUUAUUGUCUGUACUUACAGAGGACUUAUUCAUUUGGCUGUAAGUAACAAAUUGGUAUAUAAUAAAAUGUCAUCAGCAUAAAUUGCUCUUGCAAUAAUAAAUGCAUCUAGUGCUUAAGAAAUGGAAAAAUAAGCAAAUGUUCUGCUACUAAAAGCUUCCUGGUUACUGGGUUACUGUUGUAUUGCUUGGAUGUGCUUUUUUAAAGCACGUAAGAAUGGUUUUAAAACUGUAUUAAGGGUAAGUAUGACUUUCAAUGCAACUGCAUUGUACUCCAGCGUGUAUUUGUAAUCCAGGAUGUAUUUCACUUUUGUAUGUUAACUUUAGUAAACCGAG